AUGGAAACAGAAGGAUUGGAAAACGAAUUAAUUCAAUCAAUUCGACCUAGUUUAAAUGAAUUAUUACGAAUAUGGGAUUAUGUGGGUUAUAAUAAGUUGGAACGUUCACAACGUCUAAAACAUUUUGUUCAAAAACUUGAAACUGUUCUAUGCGAAGUAAUUAAAGAAGAGAAUUCUGCACGUCUUAUGAUGGAACAAAAAAUUGAAUUAAGACGUAGAGAAAUCGCUGAUAUGUGUCAACAAUUAGGUUUGGCACCAUUCCUACCUGAACGUGGACUUACUUCCAGUGAAUUAAUGAGAUCAUUGGAUGAAAAAGCGGAAGAAUUAAUUCAGCAAAAAAGUGCCCGAUGUGAACGUUAUUGUUGGUUACGAUCGAAGAUAUUACAUUUAGAUAAUUUAUUGGGUGGUGACCAAAUAUCGGAUAUUACAAAACAUAAGCUUGAUAUAGAUUUUCACACUACCUUCCCACCGAUUAUAAAAUUUUUUGGACAAUCGAAUUGUAUUGAUCAAAAUAACACGGAUAAAAAUGGUCAUUCAAAUGAAUAUGAAAGUUUAGAUCCUUCGCUAAUUUCGUCUAUUCAAACAUUACCAGAUCAAAUAAAUAUUGAAAAGCUUACUAAAAUUUAUGAAGAACUACAAUCAAUUUAUACACCUUUAGCUAAUCAACACGCUGCACUUCGUGAAGAUAUUGCUCGUGUAGCAGCUGAUAUUUUCUAUCAACCACAAUCAGAUAAAGAGGCUGAAAUUUUAACGAUUGUUGGAUUAAAACAUUUAUGCAAAAAUGGUAAUUCAAUUUCAACUCCUGGUGUAGUUAGACGAGCUAAUGAUGGAACAAAUUGUGUUAUGCCUAUAUCUACACCUAGUGAAAACUCAGAAGUCACUACAAAUGGUUUAGACAAUAAUCAUGAUACAUAUGAACCUGUUGUAAAUAAAGAGAUACUUAGAUGGUUAACUGAUUGGCGAUUAAGAUUAGUCAAAGAGAAAGCUCGUUUAGUUGGUACUUGUGAAGAAUUAAGAGCUUACCUGUUACAGAUGUGGAAACGAUUAGAUAAACCGGAAUCAGAACAAAAAGAAUUCCUGGAAAUGCAUUCUGGUUAUAAACCUGAAACACUGGAAGCACUUCAGGAAGAAGUUGAUCGAUGCCAACAAAUGAAAUGGGAAAAUAUGCAAACAUAUUUAACUCGUCUUGAAAGUGAAGCUCUACGAUUGGCUAGUUUAUGUUGUGUAGAUGAGAAAAUUAUUCAACUACCAAAUGACAGUGAUAAACAAGAUCCAGAAAUAUUAAUUAAUCACUUAGAGACUAUAUUAGAACAAUUAAACCAGACCUAUUAUUUAUAUCGUCCUGUCUAUGAAUGUAUUGCAGUAUAUGAAUCGUCUUGGAAACAAUUAAUUGAUGUUGAAGCUCGUUUAAAAGAUCCAUCAAUAUUUUCUAAUCGUGGUGGUAUUUUAUUAAAAACAGAAAAAGAGAAAAAACGUUUAUUGAAAGAAGUGGAACGUACUGAAAAAGAGGCAAUAUCAGCUAUUGAACAAUAUGAAUUGAAAAGUUCAUCACAUUUUCUCUUAUCUAAUGGUAAAACAUUUACUGAACAUAUUAAUGAAAGAUGGAAUAAUUAUAAAACACUUAAAGAUACAUCAAAAUCACGUCGUUCAAUUGUUCCAACCACUAGUAAUAAUAGUAAUUCAACUAUCAGUAAUAAUAAUACCGGUAAUACAACACGUCCAACUUCAGCUAAUCUAACAGGAUCACCUGUAGCUCACACUUAGUACUUAUUUCAUUGAAUGGAAAACACUAAUUUUUCAGUUUUUCCCAUUUCGUUGUACAUACAUACGCAUAUAUAUAAAGUAAACGCUUACAGACAAGCCUUCACUUCUCAUAUACAUUCAAUUUUGUAGGCUGUGAAUCUAACUUUGAAAACACCAAUAAACAGGGGUUUACAAGAUUGACAGAUAAUGAAAGGAACAUUGAAUAUGGUUUCAUAUGUAAAUUCCUAUUUUUUCUUUUUCUUUAUGUUUUAUUAUAUUUCUUCACAUAGUUUUUAAUUACUUCGCCUAAUUUUGUUGUUUUUAUGUGUAAAAAGCGGUCAUUUGAAUCAAUAAUGGCUACCUACUAUAUAUAUACAUAUAUAUAACAUCAAUCAGCUGAUCUAAUAACUACUUUUCAAUAAAACAUGAUUGUAUUUAUCGACACUUAUUACCUAGUUGAGUUUAUUCUGAAAUGAGAAAUCAUAUUUAUCUCAUAUAAUCCUUUCUAUUGUGAGAAAAUAAUUUCGGUUGGCGUUAUUAUCUUGGUUGCUGUCCACAGUAUACAUUAAAAAAAAACAGCCAUAGAAUGUGUGUUAUUCACUUAAUUUGACGCUUUCAAUUUAUGUGAAAAAGUUUAAUUCUAUUGUGCAAUAAAUAAAUUUGGAUUUUUGUUUGUUUCAAAUGUAACCUACUACUUUUUCUGUGUGUUGUUAUCAAUGAAGUAUGUUUUUUGUUUGUUUCAUUUUCUUUAUAUUUUUCUUUUAUCUUAUAUGUGUGUAUGUGCAUGCGUGUGUGUGUGUGUGUAGAUGUUUAUCCUUGGUCCAAUUUGAUAAUUAAUUAAUAAUUCAAAAACCAUUUCAAACAUUCACUCAUUUGGUUUUCAUCCUUCAUUUCGAAUGAAUUGGCUUGUUGUAUACUAACUGACUUGUCGUUCAUGAACAGAAUAUAUUAGAAUAAUAAUAAUAAACACU